AUGGCCUUGCCUCUGCCGGGCCCACCUGCCAGUGAGCCGCCGCUGCCGCUGCCGCUUUCCACAAUUCCACCUGGUGAGCAGAACCCCUCCGACACCACGCCGCCGCCGCUUCCGCUCGCCGGCACGUCACCGGGGAAGUCGGAGUUACACACUUACAUGGCCCGAUUAAAUGGAGGGAAACUGUACCCAGUCCAGUCGAUUUACAAUCCUCAGGUGUCUUCAGUUCGGUUGCCAAAGAAUUCAGGUCUACCAAGAAACUUGAGGAAGACUCUGUCCCAUCAUGACAAGCUUUCAAAUCGUCUCACUUUCAUACCAGCAGCCUUGUAUAAGAGUGCUUCCUCAAAUUUGGAGAACCACCAGCCUUCCAAACAGGUUAUCAGGACCUGGUGCGAUGCCGACGUGGUGUGCUUUGACGUCGACAGCACGGUCUGCCUGGAUGAGGGCAUCGAUGAGCUUGCGGAUUUCUGCGGGGCAGGUCAGGCCGUUGCCCAGUGGACAGCUAAGGCCAUGACUGGAUCGGUGGCAUUUGAAGAGGCGCUUGCUGCUCGUCUAUCUCUAUUCAAGCCAUCCAUUGAACAAGUACAGGACUCCACCAGAUACAACUCUCAGAUAUCUUCUGGAAUAGAUGAACUGAUCGAGAGGCUAAAAGCUAGAAAUACUGAUGUGUAUCUUGUUUCUGGGGGCUUCAGACAGAUGAUCAAGCCUGUUGCAUUGGAGCUUGGUGUUCCCCUUGAGAACAUUUUUGCUAAUCAAUUACUGUUUGGAACCUCUGGAGAGUAUGUGGGGUUUGACCCCACUGAACCUACUUCACAAAGUGGGGGUAAAGCUGUGGCAGUUCAACACAUAAGACAGUUCAUGAAGAAAUGCAGGUACAAGUCAGUUGUUAUGAUUGGAGAUGGUGCAACUGAUCUUGAGGCUCGGCAACCUGGUGGAGCGGACUUGUUUAUCUACUAUGGAGGAGUCCAGAUGAGGGAGGCAGUUGCGAGAAAAGCCGACUGGGUUGUCUCUGAUUUUCACGAGCUGAUGGCCUACUUGGCAUAA